AUGACGACAAACGCGACACGGUCCUCGACACCCGGAGCUCAGAAGUCGUGGAAUCUCGGCAAAGCGCUCUUUAUUCUCGUUAAUGUGGUUCUCCUAGUGGAGAUAGCACCGUUACGAGCCGAUGCACGCGCUGUAGACUCAGCAGCGCGAGCAGUGUCGAGUAUGAAGCGGGGUUGGGAUGCGUUACGCGAGCGCGCAGAGAGAGGACGUCAGUUUCUAGACGUGAGAAGAAGUAUUAUGAUGCAGAAAAGAUCAUAUAACAAGACGGUCUACGUCAGCGCAAAGACAUAUCAGGGUGCAAACUUUUUCGAGUUGCGUCUUUCGUCUCCGAGUGCUGGAUACGAGUGGGACUUUUAUAGCGGACAAGACUACACACAUGGAUAUGUAGACUAUUUGACCAAAGAGCAAGCAUUUACAAAAGGAUUGGCCUAUGUCACGGAAGAAGGCCGAGCAAAUAUGCACGUGGACAACUGGACAGUGCUCACCGUUGACGAUAUAAAUAACGGAAAGUAUCGACCAAGUGUCCGAAUAUCAACAACGGCGAAAUACAAUCACGGCCUGUAUAUCCUCGACGUCGCUAAAGCACCGUUUGGAUGCAGUACAUGGCCUGCAUAUUGGUCGACCAACGAAAACUGGCCUCGGGAUGGCGAGAUAGACAUCAUUGAGAACGUACACGCCAGUUUGUCGAAUCAAGUUUCCUGGCACACCCUACCAGGAUGUAACUUGGUCACAUCUGGAAACUAUACCGGGACAGCUCUCAACACGAUAUGCGACAGCAACUAUAUGAGCAAUACCGGAUGUAACAUUGUCGAUCCCAGCGUCGCCUCGUUUGGGCCCGUCUUCAAUGAAAAGGGCGGCGGCGUCUUCGCAAUGAAGUGGGAUGACAAGAGUAUUGAUGUUUGGUUCUUCUACAGGGCCGCCAUUCCAGACAAUAUCAUUCAAGGCUUGCCCGACCCGACGACGUGGCCUACACCAUCUGCAUCGCUCUCGUCACAAGGGUGUCCAAUUGACCAGUUCUUUAGGAACCAUAUGUUCAUCUUUGAUACUACGCUCUGUGGUGAUUGGGCUGGAACCUCGUAUUCGACGUCCGGCUGUCCUGGAUCCUGCGCCGAGCAAGUUGCCAACCCCAGCAACUUUGUUAAUGCAACUUGGUCAAUAAAUUACCUCAAGGUGUACAAUAAGACAGUGAUUAAUACCUCUUACCUCGACUCCAGUGCUACUCAGGGUACAUCUAGUACCAACGCUUGGACGAGCAUCUACCUUCUCCUUAUUACCAGUUUGUCUGCUCGGCUGCUCAGCGUCGCACUCUGA